AUGUGCGCUUGUGUUUCUUCCGCCAAUCUCACUCGAUUUAAUCUCAUACUCUACAGCAUGCGUAUUCCACAGAAAGAGCUUUUUGAAGACGGUGAUUCCGCUGCUACAUUCAAUCUACAUAAGCAUGCUAACGGAAGAAGAGAGGUCAUCGUGGGCUCUUCGGAGAAUGUCGAGUUCUACGGCCAGAAUUACGGUCAUAGCGAGAAAUCAUCGAUGACCCGCAAGUUCGCUGUGGGCGUAGUAAAUCCUGACACAGGUAUCAUAAAGAUCUACGAAGCCGGGCACAUCCCCCUGGGCCAAAUUCCUAAGAGUCUGAAGACCUCGACCAUCACGGCCGACAACAACUUCCAAAGUCGCGCCACCACUCAGAGAGAGAAGGACGCCGAGUACUUUGCAGCUAAGACCACACUGGUGGAGUCGUACGGAGGGCGCAAGAACCUCAGGAAAAUGCAGGCUCGUCAAAGGAAUCAGCUGACCAGUGCGGCCAUCACGGACGUGCAAGGUAUUGCCAAAGCUGCGCUGAAGGGCUUUGACCAGUUCACUAAGGAAGACACUCAGGUGCUGCUGGAUGCCAACUUGCCUCUGCCACCGGUCAAUGCCGAGGCUACCAAGCAGGAAGAGAUAUAUCAGUACGAUUCUCUGAUCACUCCCCAAGAGUACAGGGCUCUGGGCGAGCCUUCUGAGGAGUUGCUAUCGUCCUCGUUAGAAGAUGUGCAGGAUAUGUCUAAGAACAAGUUCUGCUGGUACAGUAAAUUUGCGCUCAGCCAAGCCAUGCGAAUGCCGGAGAAGGGACCAUGGCGUGUCAAAAUGGCCCGCACGAUUAUAUAUAUACAAUAUCUUAUGAAUAUCUACAACAACAGCAAAAAAUUGCAUGACGACUCGUGGCAUUUGGUGGAUAUUCCCAUGACCAUCCGGGAUCGUAUUACUGACACUUUCACAACAGUUGAGAUGGAUGGAGCAAAGAAGAAGUACACCCUGUCGAGUUUCCAGCACGAUCGGCUCGCUGCACACAUCUGUGCGUUAUCCCUGCACUUGACUGAUUUCAGCUUACCGUAUAAGGAUCUUGCCAAAGAUCUCAGGCUCACUCUACCGAGAAUAAAGUCACUUCUGAAGACCAUUGGUUGCGGAUUGAAUGCCAAGGAUGGUACCGCCCAGCUCACAUACCCCCUGAAACUGCCCAAAUUAAAUAUGCGACGCGGUGUUACACAGUAAGCUACCAGGCAUGGCCUUUGAUUAGACUCAAUAAAUUGUAUCUCACACACCGC